UGUUGAUUCUCUGUAGUGAGUAGAGAGAGUUCUCUAGGGUUUAUCGUUGGAGAAUUUCGCCGCAGUUAGGAGGUGUUUUAUUAAUUUUUAUUAUUAGAGCUAUUGUUCUGGUUAGAUUGAAUUAAGGAUUUUGGGUGAUUUUUGUUUAAUGGCUCGGUUGAUAAUUCCUUGUCGAAGUUCGUCUCUGGCUAGUUUAAACCUUCUGGGUUUGCUCUCUCAUGCUCCUCUUCCCGUUAGAAGCGGUUGUCUUCCAUUACGUAAUUCGGGAAAGAGACUUACUCAAUUCAGACCGUUUCUUACUUCCGAGGCUACUUGUUUGAGGAAGAGUCGGUUUCUAUCACAUUCUGUUGAUAGAUAUAAACAAAACAGCAGGAGGCUGAUUUGUUCUGUUGCCACAGAAUCAGUUCCAGAUAAAGUUGAAGAUUCCAAAAUGGAUGCACCUAAAGAAAUAUUUCUCAAGGACUACACGAAGCCUGAUUACUACUUUGAAACUGUGGAUCUGAGCUUCUCUCUAGGUGAAGAGAAAACAAUUGUUAGCUCUAAAAUUAAGGUUUCCCCUCGAGUUAAAGGAUCUUCUGCCCCGUUGGUCUUGGAUGGACAUGACUUGAAGCUACUUUCGGUCAAGGUUGAGGGGAAGCUUCUAAAGGAAGGAGAUUACCAGUUGGACUCCCGUCAUCUCACUCUCCCUUCACUUCCGUCCGAGGAGGACUUUGUUUUGGAAAUUGAUACCGAGAUAUACCCUCACAAGAAUACUUCACUUGAGGGGCUCUACAAGUCAUCUGGGAACUUUUGCACGCAGUGUGAAGCAGAGGGUUUCCGUAAAAUAACAUUUUACCAGGAUCGCCCUGAUAUUAUGGCAAAGUACACAUGCCGUGUGGAAGCCGACAAGACCCUUUAUCCUGUACUUUUGUCCAAUGGAAAUCUCAUUUCUCAAGGAGAUACAGAGGGAGGUCGGCACUAUGCCUUAUGGGAAGAUCCAUUCAAAAAACCGUGUUAUCUAUUUGCUCUAGUGGCUGGACAAUUAGCGAGCAGAGAUGAUACAUUCACCACGCGCUCUGGUAGGCAGGUAUCUCUGAAAAUCUGGACUCCUGCAGAAGAUCUUCCAAAGACUGCUCAUGCCAUGUAUUCUCUGAAGGCGGCCAUGAAGUGGGAUGAGGAUGUGUUCGGGCUUGAGUAUGAUCUGGAUCUCUUCAACAUUGUUGCCGUUCCAGAUUUUAACAUGGGAGCCAUGGAGAACAAGAGUUUAAAUAUUUUUAAUUCCAAGCUUGUCCUGGCAUCUCCAGAAACUGCAACAGAUGCAGAUUAUGCUGCAAUUUUGGGAGUUAUUGGUCAUGAAUACUUCCAUAAUUGGACAGGCAACAGGGUGACAUGCCGUGACUGGUUCCAACUCAGUCUAAAGGAAGGACUUACUGUCUUCCGUGACCAGGAGUUUUCAUCUGACAUGGGAAGCCGUACUGUAAAGCGAAUUGCUGAUGUUUCCAAGCUUAGAAUCUAUCAAUUCCCACAGGAUGCUGGUCCUAUGGCACACCCUGUUCGCCCACAUUCAUACAUCAAGAUGGACAACUUCUACACAGUGACGGUUUAUGAAAAGGGAGCUGAGGUUGUGAGGAUGUACAAAACUCUACUAGGAAGUCAGGGUUUCCGAAAGGGAAUUGAUCUCUAUUUUAAGAGACAUGAUGAGCAAGCUGUGACUUGUGAAGACUUUUAUGCUGCUAUGCGUGAUGCAAACAAUGCAGAUUUUGCUAAUUUCUUGCAAUGGUACUCUCAAGCUGGAACGCCAGUUGUCAAAGUGGCCUCCUCUUACGAUGCUGAAGCUCGUACUUUCUCUUUGAAAUUCAGUCAGGAGAUACCCCCAACUCCGGGCCAGCCAACAAAAGAACCUACAUUUAUUCCAGUGGUUGCUGGUCUCCUGGACUCUACUGGGAAAGACAUUACACUUUCCUCUGUUCAUCAUGAUGGUACAGUGCAGGCCAUUUCAAGCACCAGCACAAUACUUCGAGUGACAAAGAAUGAAGAAGAGUUUGUGUUCUCUGAUAUAUCAGAAAGACCUGUUCCCUCCCUAUUUAGGGGAUUCAGUGCCCCAGUUCGUGUUGAGACUGAUCUCUCUGAUGAUGAUCUUUUCUUCCUCCUAGCCCAUGAUUCUGAUGAAUUCAACCGGUGGGAGGCAGGUCAAGUUCUGGCAAGGAAGCUCAUGCUGAACUUAGUUUCUGAUUUCCAGCAAAAUAAACCGUUGGUUCUAAACCCAAAAUUCGUGCAAGGUCUCGGCAGCGUGCUUUCUGACUCAAGCUUGGACAAGGAAUUUAUAGCCAAAGCAAUAACAUUGCCUGGUGAGGGAGAGAUAAUGGACAUGAUGGUCUUGGCGGAUCCUGAUGCUGUUCAUGCUGUUAGAAAGUUUGUUAGAAAGCAGCUUGCAUCUGAGCUUAAAGCACAGCUUCUAAAGAUAGUCGAGGACAAUAGGAGCACAGAAGCUUAUGUCUUUGACCACCCAAACAUGGCGAGGCGUGCUUUGAAGAACACAGCUCUAGCUUAUCUUGCAUCUCUCGAGGAUCCAGCAUAUAUGGAACUUGCGUUGAGUGAAUACAAGAUGGCAACCAAUUUGACCGACCAAUUUGCUGCUUUGGCAGCUCUUGCCCAGAACCCGGGUAAAACCCGUGACGACGUUCUUGCUGACUUCUAUAACAAGUGGCAGGGAGAUUACUUGGUUGUUAAUAAAUGGUUCCUUCUACAAUCAACGUCCGACAUUCCUGGCAAUGUAGAGAAUGUCAAGAAGCUUUUGGAUCACCCAGCUUUCGAUCUGCGCAAUCCAAACAAGGUUUACUCGCUUAUUGGUGGGUUCUGCGGUUCUCCGGUGAAUUUCCAUGCCAAAGAUGGAUCAGGUUACAAGUUCUUGGGUGACAUUGUUGUCCAGUUAGACAAAUUGAACCCUCAGGUUGCCUCUCGUAUGGUGUCUGCCUUUUCGAGGUGGAAGCGCUACGAUGAAACCCGACAAGCUCUGGCCAAGGCACAAUUGGAGAUGAUAAUGUCAGCAAAUGGGUUGUCUGAGAAUGUCUUUGAGAUUGCCUCGAAGAGUUUGGCUGCUUAAGAGAGACAUUUAAAAUCCUUUUAAAGACGUAACUAUUUAGUUAAUGAAAUAAGCAAAAUGUGGGUUAUAUUGAGUGAAAUGAUCACAGAUUGUUUCACCUCCACUUGUUAGUUUUACGUUAAACUCUUGCAUUGAUAAUAAUAUAUUCCGGAUAAUGUUCCUUUUUCUUUAUAUAUUGAACAUAGUCUAAUUUUAGUAAAAAA